UCUUGACCAGCUGAGCCACAAGGGAAGCCCUCCUCCCGUUUUUUAAUUGGGUUGUCUUUUUUUUUUUGCUGUUGGGUUAUAUGAGCUGUUUAUGUAUGUUGGAUAUUAAAUUCUUUGUCAUACUAUUUGCAAGUAUUUUCUCCUAGACAGCAAGUUGUUUCUUCAUUUUGUCUAUGGUUUCUUUUGCUGUGCAAAAGUUUUUACGUUUAAUUAGGCCCCAUUUAUUUUUGCUUUUGUUUACUUGAUGAAAUUCAGAUUCUUUGUCCUUGAUCAGUUGGAAUAUUACAAAUUUUAUCAAUUUAUGUGUUUGUUUUAAAUACAUUUAAAGAGAAAUUUUCUAGUUUUUGGAAUUUUUUUUUUAUGUUUCUCUUUUUGGUAUUAUUUAAUAAUCCCAGAUCCUUCCUUUCCCUACCUCAAAAGCUAUUAUAUAUACUAGAUCUGUGUAUGGACUUUAUCUUAUUCUUAUUGAUCUGCUGUUACCACACUGCUUUGAAUAAUGUAGCACUGUAUUACUGUCAGGACAAUAUAUUUUAUUUUUUUAAUUAAAUGUAAUUUUUAUUUUGGAGUAUAGUUGAUAAAUACACUUUGAUAUCUGGUAACAGUAGAUCCUCAUUAGUCUUCCUUUUCUCAAAAUGUAUUUGCCAGUUUUUCAGCUUUUGUUAUUAAUGACUACCAGUGUGGUUCCUAUAACACAACUAUAAAUGGUUUAUAUUGUUACCUUAUUACCCUAUUCUGUUAGUUCAUCUGUUUAAAUAGUAGAUUCUUUUCAUAACUGCUGACAAUGCAGUGCAUUUCCUGUGCCAUCAUUGUGAUUAAUAUAGUAAUAUUCCCAAAAGGUAUCAAAAAUUAUUACUAUGUAAUAUUUUUAGAAAGAGAGCAUUUUAAAUGGCCUAAAAGGGCGCCUGGAAGGUCAGCGUGUGAAGGAGCCGGUGGUAACGCGGGGUCUCCCCGCUGUUACCGAGGAGCGACGGCCGAGCAGACUAUCUCGGCCUGAGGCGGCGGGGAGAAGCAGACGGGCAGAUUGCUGCGACACCAUGGAGGGCGGCGGGGGUAGUGGCAACAAAACCACUGGAGGGUUGGCCGGCUUUUUCGGAGCCGGCGGAGCAGGCUACUCGCACGCGGAUUUGGCUGGAAUCCCGCUAACUGGUAUGAACCCUCUGUCUCCUUAUUUAAAUGUGGAUCCACGGUAUCUCGUACAGGAUACAGAUGAGUUUAUUUUACCAACUGGAGCUAAUAAAACCCGGGGCAGAUUUGAACUGGCCUUCUUUACCAUUGGAGGAUGUUGUAUGACAGGGGCUGCAUUUGGGGCAAUGAAUGGUCUACGGCUAGGAUUGAAGGAAACCCAGAACAUGGCCUGGUCCAAAGCAAGAAAUGUACAGAUCUUGAAUAUGGUGACUAGGCAAGGGGCACUUUGGGCUAAUACCCUAGGUUCUCUGGCUUUGCUUUAUAGUGCAUUUGGUGUCAUCAUUGAGAAAACAAGAGGUGCAGAAGAUGACCUUAACACAGUAGCAGCUGGAACCAUGACAGGCAUGUUGUAUAAAUGUACAGGCGGUCUUCGAGGGGUAGCGCGAGGUGGUCUCGCAGGACUAACACUUAUGAGCCUCUAUGCUCUAUAUAACAACUGGGAGCACAUGAAAGGCUGUUUGCUCCAACAAUCACUCUGAAGAUUUUGCUAGUUUACAAAUGGAGGACACUUUAGUAGUCACCCAGAUCAAUUUAUAAGUCAGUCUGGAGGCAUUUACUUUAUCUACACCUAAUUUGAAAAACUAGAGAUUCCAGUGUGCUGUGAUGAAGACCAUGGAUGGUCGACCAGGACUGGCACUCCUUCCAGCCUUAAUGAGUUGAAGACAAAACACCCUUUGGCGGCUGAGUAACGUGGUUCUCUUAAGAAGAUCUCGCAUCUGUUUUUGCUCCUACCCACUUCUGGAAAACCACUUAAUCCCAGAAUUCAGGUCUGCCUGUCAAUACUGUAUCAGCCACAUUUGUUCAUUUAAUGAUCCAAGACUGUAAUAUUGCUCUGUAUUCCCAAUAAAGGGUGAAAAUAGAAAAAAAAAAAAA